CCUGGCCACACUCACCCGGCCCCCUGAGGGCAACCGCAAUGCUGAUAUGGCCCUCAAUGAAAUUGAGUUUGACACCCCUGAAUUAGAUGCUAACAUUUCAGGGAAGGAACCUGGAGCAUGCCUACUCUACCUAAGUGGGGUAUGAUAAGCAGAUAUGCUGAGGGAGUAGAGAUCCAGCAAAGAGGGCUUCUUCAUUGCACAUCAUAUAAAUGUAAGAAAUAUAAAUGAAUAAGGCUGCUUCCUACAACCCUGGUAAUAGGCACACCAAUUGAUGGAGAUGUAUCCUGUCGCUGAUGAAGCUGUUUUGGAACAUUUUUGUUUUCCCAGACAUUUUAAUUGAUGUAAUUGUCCUGACCACUGCUUUUUCCUGCUCUCUUUGAUUAUACUGCUAUUAUAUUUACUGUUUUCAUAUGAUGUUUUAUCAUCACCCUGAAAAUAUCUGGAGAGCCACAAAUUCCCAAUUCUUGCUCUGCUUAGUGUGAUAUAGAUCUUGAAUUGUACUGUGGAUUUUGGGGGACAAUUUACAAUUUGUAUGAGAAAACAGAUCAAUCUUAUUAAUUUAACUUUUCUGUGAAAUUACCAAACGUGUGCUUGUUGGAGAGGGAUUUUGCUUGUUAUUUAAAAUAUUUGUUUAUUUUUAUUUGCCACAAACCAGAACUUAUCCAUAUUUGACCAACACAAAUUGUAGUUAACUACUGUUAAUACCUCAAAAUAAGAGAGAGGAAGAGAGUUCUUGAAAUCUAUCUCCUGCAUAUCCUGUUCAUUAUUUCCGUAGGAAUAAUGACUCAUGUUUCCAUAAUAUCUGAGAUUAAGAAUCCUGCACUAUUGUACAUCUUGAACAAGUUUUCAACAGGAAUGACCUUGAUUUUAGAGACGCUGAUAAAACAGAAAUAUAUGGCGAAAGUAAAUACCACCAUUUUGACCUGGACUACACCUAACACCUACUCAGGUGUUUCCAUUUUCCUAGCUACAAUGAUUUUAUGCUAAAGUAGUUUUGUAUUUGACAUUGUUUUUAAUUAAAAAUAAUUAGGAGGAAAGGCAACAUUGUUGCAGACUUCCUUUGAAGCUCCUAAAUGAAUGAAUCAUCUUGCCAUGCAUUGUUCCAGAUUAAUGCCCCAUGAUUGUUUCUGCCUCAGUCAUCAGCAAUUUGUGGUUCAUAAUCACUGAACCAGAUGAAUGAUGUCAAGAAGCCUGCAGUGAGAAAAUUGGAGAUGGAGGGCACUUUGUUCUGUUAUGAUUUCUAGUGCCCUGCUUUUUAGCAGAAAGGCAUAGAUCAAAGUAUAAAUGAAAACUUUUCUACUUCUGCCAAAUAAUUCAAACAUUUUUAUUACAUAUCAGUUAUAGGUGGACAUGUUAAAGUAAGGUGGAUGUAGUAGUUAUGGCAUCUGGAAAGAAAGCAGGAGACUAUGAAUUCUAGUCCUGCUUUAGACAUAAAGCCAGCUGAGUGACUUUGGGCCAAUCAUUUCCUCUCAACCCUAGAAAGGAGACAGUGGCAAACUACUUCUGAAAUCUUGCCAGGAAAACUGCAGGGACUACUCUAGUCUAGGCAGUCAGCAGGAGUCAAGAUUGAUUCCAAGAUGCCCGUGCACAUGCGCGCGCGUGCGCGCGCACACACACGAUAAAAGCUUGCUUCUUUCAUCGCUUUGUUCUUAUCUUAUUUACUGGAUGGCCGAAUAAUGACAGCUUUCCCCUGCAGUACAAUGUACUUUCCUGCUCUUUUUUCUUUUAACUGUUGAAAAAUAUACUUUUCAGGAGUUAAGAACUUUGUUAAGGACAAAGCAGCUAGCACAAAAAAAGUAGAAACUUGUUUUAGUUUCUGUACCUCAAUGUACCUAGCCAUGUUGCUGAAAGACAGGUCCAAGAAUCAAUUUUCAUUGGUUAUACUUGCUAGGGCUAUUGGGAAUUGUAAUACAAAUCCAGAGGGCUGCAAUUUGCAGUUGAUUGUUAUGAUUGUUGUAUUGUUGGAAAGAUUUGACCUCUUUUCUUCGAAAUAAUUACCCAUCUUAAAACUGCAUUAUAUAAUUGAUAGGAUUGAGCAGAAGUCUAGAAAUAACUUGGAAGAAUUAAUUAAGAGUGCAAAUAUAUCCCGUCUGCAACUCUUCAAAACAGCUGCAUCUUUUCUCAGGAAUGCAUAGCAGUCUGCUUACAGCUACCAUAUGAUCCAAGGAAAAAAUGGUAUUUUACAGAAUUCCAGAAAAAAUGUUACAUUCAUGCUCCUGUGUGCUCUGAAGAACGUCUUGGAGACUGAAUUUCAAAAACCCCACAAUCCUAAACAUCUUACUUUUUGUACUUUAUUUAUAUUACAAUGUUGGAUUCCACUGAAUUAAUAUUAUGACUUCAUUCCACAUCCACAUUUCUUUUUAUAGGGUUAUUUUGAGGCAGGGAAUUUAGUAGCUGCUCCAGGUUUAAGCUACAAUAGCUUAUUAUUUGUUGAGGGCUUACUGAAUAAAUAGAUAUACAGUUGAAACUGCAGCUUAUGCAAGUAAAGCAUUAACCCUGAUUUUUUGAUUUUUCUGCUUCUUCCCAUCCCACAUUUUUAAAAUGAACAUUAUUUGAUGAAGCAUUCUGAAAAAUCUGAAAACUGUAUGCAUUUUAAAAUAAUUUAGUUUUCCUAAUAAUAAUGCCACACAACUAUGGAUCUUUUUUCCUCUCAUAGGUCCAAGUUGCUGCAUUUCUUUAUUCAAAAUAGUGUACUCCCAGUCUACAGUAUGCAGAACUUUUUGGAGCAGAAAUUUGAUUUGUGUUUGAGUUUUAAAUCUGUUAAUUUCCUGAAGACCUAGGAAUCAUGAUGAAGUGUUUCAUUUAUAUACGCAUUACAUUAGCUGAGAUUUUUUUUAAAUUGUAACAAAUUUGGAUAUACCAACAAUGAUAUUAUUAAACAAACCCACACAUUUCUUUUCUAUGUCUUCAGACAAGUCGGCCAGCUUUCUGAAUUGAACUCCAGCUUCCUUUUUGCACACUGUAUUCUGAGCUUAGUUCUACUUGUCAAGUGUAAUCCUGGCUGUUUCGUUCUGUGCAAAUACAAAGACACCCCCUGCUGGUCUGGGUGACAAGCAUGAUUUCUGGUUACACUCCCUAAACUUUCAUAACAACUUUGCUAAUUGAUUACCUGAAUCAUACUGACGUGCAGGGAUUAGAAAAAGGUGUCACCCUUUUUCUUCUCCUUCUGAUGUGGAUUUGCAUUUAAUUAUUCCAUACAGCAGACAUCAACAGAUUCUUGUUUUCUAUUCAGAAAUCCCCUUUCUUUUAGGAGAAUAUAAGAAUUGGGCUGGCCAUACUAUUGGCUUCUUGAACUAGUGCAGUAUUCGGCUCCUGUAGUGACUGACAAGAUACCAUGAGAAGGUUAUAAGCAGAACAUCAUCUCCCGCUGGAAGGGAUGGCAACAGGCUAAAGUUAAGAUGGGAACCACAAACCCAUGAUUGAAGUUCUCUGUCUUUACAUACAUCAAUAUGGAUUACAGCUGCUAUCUUGACUUUUUCAGGAUCCCCUUGGUUUUUUUGGCCUAGGACAGUCACGUGCCAUUUCUGAUAAAGAAGCAUUGUUUAGAAAUCCAGGAAAAAUUGCUUUGCCUCAAAUGCAAGGAUUAUUGAAUUACUGCCUGCUAUGCAACUCUUAAAAAUAAAUGAAGGCUAUUGAAAUCUCUGUUUGCUUUAAGUUCCAGCCUCUUAGGUGAUUCAAAUUACGAGGCCAAUUUGAGCCUUAACAGAUAAGAGACCAAUGCAAUGCAAUAUCCUAUUUAUAUUGAACCUUCUUCCUGAGUCUACCAAAUUAAUGGAAAGUCCUACUGUUAAAAAUAGCCAUUAGCCUGCUUUGUGCGUAAUAUUAAGCCAUUAUACCUUUUUCAACAAAUUGGAAUAAAACCAAACUGUGGUGUGUACUUCUAUUUCUUCUGUCACCAAAGUCAUAACAGUAUUUCUAUAGGUACUAUUUUCAUUUCAUUUCAUUCUUCAAGGUUCCUUUCAGCCAAAGGUUUCCAAAGCAGUAAGAAAUAAUAAAAUAUUUAAAUGUAGACAAAAGCAGAACUACAAAUAUUUACAGCUAUAAAAUAAAACACUACAAUGGCAGGAAAAUAUCUGAAGCCAGCAUUAAAAUAAUCAUCAGCAUUGCCAUGAAAAGUUUGGGGGGAAAAUGACUGGAAUCUAAAAACAUUUUGUUUGGGUUUGGUACAGCUCCCCAGCCAUCCUGGAUUACUGAGCAAGCUAGGAUGAAAAAUGAUAUAUUUGCACUCUGCUCAUAGUCAGUAUCACCAGUACCAAAAAGUCCAUAUAGGUAGUCAGAUUCUUUGAGGAAAUACAGACUAACAGAGUGUUAAGGCUCAUAGGCUCAUUGGAAUAUAUUGGAAAAGAAAUGGAAAAGGAAUAUAUAGUUAUUUGUCCAUUAAGAAUGGCUAGUUGCAAAUUAAGAAGUACUACACAUUUUAAUAAUGGAGUAACAUUUUCUAUCCUGUGUUGGUCUUAGUUCCUAACUGAUUUCUCCCUGCUUCUAGUCCAUUAUAAUACAAAGCUGGGAAGUUCCUUGGAGGAAUUCAAAUAACAUAAUUUCACACAAGUCCAUGAUACAGCUGGCCGAAAGAAAUGAAGAGCUAGCAUUGUGAAAAUCCAUCCAAAGUGUUCCUUUUUUCUUGAACAUUCUGUCAUGUUUAUUCCACAGAUCUAUUCAGUUUUUUUCUAUAUCAUAUUUAAACGAUGGUGGAGCAAUUCUUGGGAACAUGGAAACUAAUCUUGAGUGAAAACUUUGAUGACUAUAUGAAAGAACUGGGAAUAAGCUUUGCCCAGAGACAACUGGGUGCUCUAGCCAAACCCAAAAUAAUUAUCACUAUGGACAAAGAUGUCAUCACUAUCAGAACAGAAACUAUGUUUACAGUUAAUGAGAUCUCCUUCCAACUGGACGAAGAGUUUAAGGAAAGGACUAUAGAUAACAGGCUGGCCAAGAGCUUUGUAACAAAGGAUAAUGACACCCUCAUUCACAUACAGAAGUGGGAUGGCAACCACGCUACUAUCAAAAGAAAAAUAGUAGAUGGAAAUAUGGUGUUGGAAUACAUCUUGAAUGAUGUCAUUUGUACCAGGGUCUACAAAAAAGUAUAAGACAUUUCAUUCCCAGGUUACAUUUUCUUGCUUCUUAUUCUUCAAGUGAUGUCAAUGUAACUAUGAUACUUGUGUGCAGAAAAUAAAUAAAGAAUUCCAUACUGAAAUAUG